CGCUUCUUUAUGCGCUAUUAUUAUAUGAACCUGGAAUAAUGAAUCCGCAAAAGAGAAUAAACAUUCGAUCAACUGCCGGUGCAUCUAACAUCUAUAAAGAUGUUACUCCACUUAGUUUCCAGGACGAGGAAAUACGCAUGCUCCAUCUUGAAUGCGGCUCAGGCUCUUCCUUGCUUCAAUGCACACUCCAUAGGGUCUCUCUCCAGUCUGUCCCUACCCCGAGUUACGAAGCACUCAGUUAUACGUGGGGGGAUGAGAAUAACAGAAGAGAAAUCGUCGUAAACGGGUAUAUCGUGGAUGUUACCUUCAAUCUCUAUUCUGCCCUUUGCCGGCUUCGGCUGGAGGAUGAAGCCCGUGUGUUGUGGAUUGAUGCUCUUUGCAUCAACCAAACUGACCUAGAUGAGCGCUCUCAGCAGGUACAGCUAAUGAGAAACAUCUAUACCACAUGCGACCAAACCGUUAUAUGGAUUGGCGAGCCGCCAGAAGAUAUGUUACCUACUUGGGAAAUGCAUUGGACCGGAGAUGAGCGUGACGACGAGUCGAUAGACUGGUUUUGGAAGGAGUUUUAUUCCGACUCCGAUCGCUCAAACAUGGAUGAGAAUGAUUCGACUUCAAUCGACCAGAUUUUUCAUGCAUUCGCCAAUCUCAGGCUAUUGUCCAGUGGUCAUCUCUCGGACCAACCGCUCUUCAUAGACAUGACAGGAGAGGAAUUUUCCUAUUACACGACAUAUUCGGAUUAUUGUCGUCUGGUAACUGAUGCUCUUGCACCUUUCUAUGACAGUCCUUGGUGGACUAGAAUUUGGACUGUUCAAGAGAUUAUCCUUCCUCCCAAGGCCAAAUUCGUCUUCGGACCUAUAUCAGUCGACAUGUCGUGCCUACUCGAGGCAUUCGCUGCCCUUGCUUGCCACAUGUUCGAGCCCUGUUGUUCCGAAUUGUUUUCUCGCUGUAACGUCAGAGUCAGGAAAUGCUUCCGACAGCUGGGGAGUGUUCUUACCAAUAUCAAGAAUAUGAGAGCUAGCCAUGGCGAUGGUACUAACGUUGAACUUUGGGAAACCUUGACCACGUUUCGCGCCCGGCAUGCCACAGAUAACCGGGAUAAAGUCCAUGGUGUUUUAGGACUUGUUAACACAUGGUCGGGGCAACCCAUUGUCCCUAAUUACAGAGCCGCAACCGAAACCAUCUAUUGUCAGGCAGCCAUUUCUACUGCCAUUGGGACCCAAUCUCUCUUUCCCCUACAUUUCCCACUUCAAAAGCAUGCCUGUCCCAAUCUUCCUUCAUGGUGUGUAGACUGGACUGCAGCUAGUGCGCUCGCUGAUCAGCUCAACGUCUAUCAAUGGAGCCAGCAGCCGUUCAAAGUUUUUCCAACCCAUGGCUCGGAUCACUUCCAAAUAGUUCCUCGCUUAGAUAACCGCAUCCUGGAAGUCUGCGGGCGUCGGGGCGAUAGAGUUGCAUCAGUGGGCAAAAUAUGUCAGGGAAACGAGCCCAAUGAGAAACGUAAGGCAUAUUGUGACUGGUUUCUCCUUACGGGACUUCACCGCGAUCCAUCGAGGAUGUAUCGUUCCGGGUGCUCUUACUUUGAAGCGUUCUGGAAAUGCCUCUGCUGGGACAUGACACUCCAUAUGUCAGAAACUGCAGGAAUAGCGAUAUCUGCAAGAUCUAAAGGCGCAGAGAGCUAUGAAGCUUUCGUGGGCUAUUGCCAUAGCUCUCUGAAAUCCAUAUUUCAUCCGGAAGGCCUCUCUCAGGCAGACCGAGAGGCUGUGCUACAGCUCGACAAGAGAUUUCAAACGACAGCGGACACGAAAUGGGGUCAGUACUCGCAGUCUGAUUAUCUGGUCGAACAGUGGAUCAAUGGCUUGACUCUAAAUACAACCUUUUUUGUGACGGAUUCGGGGUAUUUGGGCCUCGGCCCCCCCGAGACUCAAAUUGGAGAUGAGGUAUGGUGCCUAUUUGGUGGCCAAAUGCCGUUCAUUCUCAGACCAGUGGCAACAACACAGGAGGUAAUCUUGGGACAAGGAAAAAAGCAACUUCACCAAGUCUUUGGAACUUGCUAUGUGCAUGGGAUUAUGGAUGGUGAAAUCGCAAACGAUGAUAGUAUCCCAGCUGAGAUAUUAUAUUUGGCCUGAAAGAAGAUAAUUGCUAGCUGGUUUACGACUUACGAGCAUGUCACGUCUCAUAAUUGGGUAACCCACAUCUAUACCGCAAUGGGCUACUGUUUUUAGUUGCUUGACCUGUAUGAGUUCCUAGGGCGUCUUUUGCAACAGCUGCCAUCAACCGAAGAUUCGUGCAUCAAGGAGAAUAUGAAGAAUUGCC